CAAUGAACACAGAUUAUAUGAAAGGCGCGCAAAUAAAAAAUGGGACGACGUACAACUAAAAGAUGACGAUGAUGUGUUUUUACUUUUAAACAAGAAGUUAUUUGAGCGUGGGAGUUCUAUAUUUUAUUCCUUUCCGCCCCCAAAACACACCCCUCGGCUCCAUCUUCUCCAGAUAUCCCGAAACACAGAGUAGGAAAGCAAACCCCCAUUUUUGAGUUGACUUUGAGAAUCUGAGAUGACAACGUCCAUUUUACUCUCCAACCCUCUUUCCCCACACCUCCAACUUCUCAAAUCCGAGUUUCCUCCUCGCUCUCCCUCCAAACUUCCUCCAUUCCGCCUCAAAACCGCCGUUAAGCGGCGCGGGUCCGUCGAAGUCCGCUUGCAGAAUGGCCCUCCAAAAUUGAUUAAAUUCUUAUCGGCCCCAAAAGUGGCGGAAAUCGAACCCCAAGCAGCUGAGGACCCGCUGCCGCUAGUGGGGGAGGAUUCUGCCCAAUUCGUCCUGUCCCAACAGAAGAUAUCCUCCUGGGUUUACUUCUCUGUGAUUUUGGGGGUCGUGCUUUAUGUACUAGAUGUCGCCUGGAUCGAUAACUCUACUGGCUUUGGUAAAGUCUUCAUCGAUGCCCUCUCCGCCUUUUCUGGCAGUCCUGAGGUUGUCAUGUUACUUCUUACCCUGAUUUUUGCUGUGGUCCAUAGUGGCUUAGCUAGCCUUAGGGACACAGGUGAGAAAGUCAUUGGCGAAAGAGCAUUCCGUGUGUUAUUUGCUGGGAUAUCUCUUCCAUUAGCUGUUAGUACUGUUGUUUACUUCAUCAACCACAGAUACGAUGGUGUGCAGCUGUGGCAACUUCAGAGUGUCCCUGGAUUGCAUGAAUUUCUCUGGUUUGCCAACUUUAUUUCCUUCCUUCUCCUUUAUCCAUCAACUUUCAAUUUGUUAGAGGUUGCAGCUGUUGACAAGCCCAAAAUGCAUCUCUGGGAAACUGGAAUAAUGAGAAUUACCAGGCACCCACAGAUGGUGGGACAAGUGAUUUGGUGCUUGGCUCACACAGUUUGGAUUGGGAACUCAGUGGCCGUAGCAGCUUCUUUGGGUUUGAUCGGACACCAUCUUUUUGGCGUAUGGAAUGGAGACAGAAGGUUAAGCAUUAGAUAUGGCGAGGCUUUUGAAGUUGUAAAGAAGAGAACAAGUGUGGUCCCAUUUGCUGCUAUUCUUGAUGGCCGCCAGAAGCUUCCAGAGAGUUACUAUAAAGAGUUUUUGCGUUUGCCAUAUCUAUCAAUUACGGUAUUGACGCUAGGCACAUACUUUGCGCACCCACUUAUGCAGGCAGCCAAAAGAAUGAGCAAAGAUAUUAUUUUCGUUUAUUGCAAUGGAGAUUGGACCGAUGAUGUUACUUAUGAAGGAUAUCACGUAUGUGGUGUUUUCCAUAAAGAGAAUGAAGAUUUGGAGGAUUUAAAGGAAGCAAUAAAAAAGAUGAUGGAAAUCAAUUCAUCUGAAAGGCUAUUGAAGUUGCAAUAUCAGAUAAAAGAAGGGGUGAAGCCAAUAACGCUUAGCAACGAGAUGAGCUUGGAGAUUUACAAAGAAUUGAGGAAAAAGAAGCAGAUUUCUCGAAAUUCCCUCUGUGUGCAACUUUGGAAGCCAAGCAAACACUUGCUUUGACAGUAACCAAUUUUUCAGAAAAUAUGGAAACAGAUGCAAUUGAGAUACAGCCUCUCCAGAUGAUAGAUUUUGAUGAUUUCAAAAGGCAAGAAAAGAAACAUGAGAUUUAUGGAGCGAAACUGUCGGGCAAUCUUGAUGGAAAGCUUGAAGUUGGUCAGAUUUAUUCAAACAAGGAUGACCUGAAAAUUCUUUUAAGCUUAUAUGCAAUCAAACAUCAUUUUCAAUUCAUGGUUGUGAAGUCAUGUCAGAGGCAAUAUGACAUAAGAUGCAUUGACAAUGAUUGCCCAUGGAGAUUGAAAGCUUCCAGAAUCAGCACAAGUCCCGUUUUCAAAAUUCGGAAAGUGACAACCAAACAUAGAUGCAGCUUUGGGAAUCGGAUGAAUGAGAAGAGGCAAGCAACAACAAAUAUAGUUGGAACAUUCAUUCAGGACAAGUUUGAUAGUUUGAAAACAAAUUACACUCCAGCAGAUGUUAUACGAGACAUGAGGAAUAUGUGUGGAGUUAAUUUGUCGUACAAAAAAGCUUGGCGUUCCAAACAAAAAGCACUAGAAAAGGUUUAUGGUCAUCCAUACCAAUCCUAUAUAGUGCUGCCUCUAUAUCUCGAAAAACUGGUAGAAGCUAAUCCUGGAUCAUUUGUGAAGCUAAAGACUGAUAAGUCAAAUAGGUUUGAGUAUGUCUUCAUAUCAAUGGAAGCAUCUAGAAAAGGUUGGAAUCAUUGUCGUCCAAUAAUAAUAGUGGACGGUACAUUCCUGAAAGCAGCUUAUGGAGGGACACUCAUAACAGCAAGCACUCAAGAUGCAGCUGGCCACAUACUACCUCUUGCAUAUGGAGUUGUCGAUUCUGAAAACAAUAAUGCAUAUCAAUGGUUCUUCUCAAACUUGAAGACGGCACUAUCGGAGAGAAAUAAUUUAUGCAUUGUUUCAGAUCGACAUGCUAGCAUAAUAUAUGCUGUCAAACAGAUAUUUCCAGAGGCUUCUCAUUGUCACUGUGUAUAUCAUUUGUCUAAGAAUAUCAUAACAAACUUCAAGGAAAAUCUUGAAGUAGUGAAAGGAGCAUUCUUUUCAGCAGCGUAUGCUUACACAAAUGAUGAGUUUAGCCAUCACAUGGAGACAAUGAAGAAAGCGAACAAAAAGGCAGUGGAAUAUUUGACAGAAUUAGGUGUAGAAAAAUGGUCUCGUUUACAUUGCAAGUCAAAUAGAUUUUUUGUUAUGACUUCAAAUGCAGCAGAGACAAUAAAUUCUACGAUGAAGGCUGCACGGGAGCUUCCUAUCACUCAAUUAUUGGAGAAUAUUCGUGGAAUGCAACAAGCUUGGAUCAUGAAAAACAGGACAGAGGUGCAAAACACGUUUACUAUCCUUGCAAAAAUGGGACAAAAGAAGCUAGAAAGGAAUUAUGAAUCUUCUACAAAACUCACUCUAAGUGCAACAAGCAAGUGAGGAUGUAUACAAAGUGAAGAGUGGUCCUCAAAUAUUCAUUGUGAAUAUGAAGGAACGUACUUGUACUUGUAACAAGUUUCAAAUGGAAGAACUGCCUUGUGAACAUACAAUAAGUGUCGUGAAAGGAAAACAUGAGGAACCGGAAGUUUAUUGUUCUCAUUUUUAUUUAAAUAGCACCUUAUUAGCUACAUAUGAUACGGCUGUACUCCCUGUUGAUUUGGAUCUUAUUAAUGCUGGUGCAAGCGUAGAAAAUGAGACCAAAGUAGUUCCACCGGAAGAAAUUUCGGUGAGAGGAAGGAAAAAAAGGAAACGAUUCCUAUCCGGUUGGGAGCACGGGAUCAAAAAAUAAUGCCGAUAUCAAGAUGAUGUUUGCAGGUGUAGUUGUUUUUUCGUAAGAGAAUGAGGAUGAAGAACAUGUCUUAUUUAUUAAUGUACUUUCAAUUGAUAAAAAAUUAACAAACAAUAUAUUGGUGUAUUUAUAAUUCUAUAA